AUGAACGAUAGUAAUACGGAAAAUAAGUCUAAAGACGACUCUAAGCGUCGGGAUUUGUUUGUGUUUGUCCGUCAGACAAUGUGCAUAGCCGCAAUGUAUCCCUUCAGCUAUUACUUCAAAGGCUCUGGCUUUGUAGCUUUUGUGAUCCGUUUCCUGGAUGUACUCUACGAACUCUUCAACUACUUUGUCUCGGUGCAUAUAGCAGGAUUGUUUAUCUGCACCAUCUACAUAAACUAUGGACAGGGGGACUUGGACUUCUUUGUAAACUGUCUGAUACAAACGAUCAUAUAUUUGUGGACCAUUACCAUGAAGCUGUAUUUCCGAAGACUCAGACCAAGGUUGUUGGACGACAUCUUGACUACGAUUAAUGAUAAGUAUGAGCCGCGUUCCGCUGUCGGAUUCAGCUAUGUGACCAUGGCGGAGGCCUAUCGGAUAUCCAAGAUGUGGAUCAAGACGUAUGUGUACUGCUGCUAUAUAGGUACCAUCUUCUGGCUGGCUCUACCCAUAGUUUACAGGGACAAAAGCCUACCGCUGGCAUGUUGGUAUCCCUUUGAUUACACGCAACCCAUCGUUUAUGAGGUUGUAUUCUUCCUGCAGGCAAUGGGUCAGAUCCAGGUGGCGGCUUCUUUUGCCUCCUCGAGUGGCCUUCACAUGGUUCUGUGUGUCCUAAUAUCGGGGCAAUACGACGUUCUUUUCUGCAGCCUCAAGAAUGUAUUGGCCACUACUUACGUAUUAAUGGGAGCUAAUAUGGCCGAUUUGAGAUCUUUACAGGCUGAGCAAUGUGUGUCCGAUGCGGAGCCCAGUCAAUAUGCUUACUCCUUGGAAGAACAGACACCUCUGCAGGAGCUUCUUCAGCAUGCAACUCAAGCAAAAUCCUCUGGAGAUUUUCGAUGGGCCUUCCGGCAUUCCUUCGUGCGCUGCGUUAACCACCAUCGUUAUAUAGUGUCGACCCUGAAACAAAUGGAGCGCUUUUACAGUCCAAUUUGGUUUGUAAAGAUCGGAGAGGUCACCUUCCUCAUGUGUCUCGUGGCUUUCGUGUCGACGAAGAGCACCUCGGCCAAUUCCUUCAUGAGGAUGGUGUCUUUGGGCCAGUAUUUGCUCCUCGUGCUGUAUGAACUCUUUAUUAUUUGCUAUUUCGCCGACAUUGUGUAUCAGAACAGUCAGCGAUGUGGUGAGGCCCUGUGGCGAAGUCCCUGGCAACGGCAUAUAAAGGAGGUACGGAGCGAUUUCCUCUUUUUCAUGCUAAACUCCCGCAGGCAGUUUCAACUGACUGCUGGAAAAAUAACCAAUCUCAAUGUGGACCGUUUCCGAGGGACAAUCACCACCGCCUUCUCCUUUCUCACAUUGCUGCAGAAAAUGGACGCGAGAGGUUAG